AUGCAUCAGGAGAUCAGAAGGCAGCAUCAGUCUGAAGGUUUAGAGGAGCAGCUGCUUCUUCAUAGGACAGCAGAACAGCAGCCAGCUGUGACCUCUGGUCCAGAUCCACAGAGGAGGGUCACCGGGCCGAGGUUCAUUCACCACAAUCACAAGCAGCUUUAUUGCACAGAUGAGGAACGUGACUCUGGAUUGGACAAAGCUCCCGAUGUGCUGACUGACAGGCUGCAGUGUAGAGAACACAACCUGGUCCGGUUCUCCGCCGUCGUUCCCGGUCUGAAGUUCCACACCACAGCCUCUCCCAUGACGGGUGCGACGGUGCAGCAGUUCGAGGAGGCCAAGAGCAAACUGUCGGCGCUGAAGAACGACCCGGGCAACGAGGUCAAGCUGAAAAUCUACGCUCUCUUCAAACAGGCCACUCAGGGUCCCUGCAACACCCCCAAACCAGGCAUGCUGGACUUUGUCAACAAGGUUAAAUGGGAGGCGUGGAAAUCUCUGGGCUCCGAUGAAGCCAGGCAGCAGUACUGCGACCUGAUUGGCUCCCUGGUGGCGGCAGAAGGUGGAAGCUCCGCCCAGGUGGCAGCUCAGCCCGCUGGGAGCGGGACGACGUACGAGACGCUAUUGGUCACCACGGAGGACGGCAUCACCACCAUCAAACUGAACCGACCGGCCAAGAAGAACGCCAUCACUACUGAGAUGUACUCUGAGAUCAUGGCAGCUCUGCAGCAGGCGGCUAAAGACGACUCGGUCCUCACUGUUUUCACUGUACACACACACACACACACACGCAGAGCGCUGAUUGGCCGUCUGUGUCGAGCUGGAGAUUUUUACUCCAGUGGAAACGACCUGAGCAACUUCACCAAGAUCCCCGAGGGAGGGGUGGAGGAGAGCGCCAAACGUGGGGAGAGCUGCUCAGUUUGGGUUCAGGUUCAGGACUCUCUCUCCUUCAUCAGCAGGGAGUACGUGAAGGCCUACAUCGACUUCCCGAAGCCGCUGGUCGCCGUGGUGAACGGACCGGCUGUGGGGAUCGCAGUCACAGUGUUGGGACUGUUCGACCUGGUCUACGCUACAGAGAGGGCCACCUUCCAGACUCCCUUCAGCCAGCUGGGUCAGAGCGCCGAGGGCUGCUCCUCCUACACCUUCCCCAAAAUAAUGGGCCUCGCCAAGGCCAGUGAGAUGCUGCUGUUCAACAAGAAGCUGACGGCGGUCCAGGCCUGUGAACUCGGUCUGGUCACCGAGGUUUUCCCUGACAGCAGCUUCCAGUCGGAGGUUUGGACCAGACUGAAGGCCUACGCCAAGCUGCCCCCAACUCCUGGGACGCCCGUCAGGUCUCUGGCGCUCUCUAAACAGCUGAUGCGCUCGGUGGACAGGGAGCGUCUCCACGCGGUGAACGACGCCGAGGUGGAGCGUCUGAUGGAGCGCUGGACGUCGGACGAGUGUUUCAACGCCGUCAUGAGCUUCUUCCAGGCCAAGGCCAAACUCUGA